AUGGCUUUGAUGACCAAUCACCAGGAUUACCCUGUGACCACCGAAAUGAUAACGACCAAUUACUCCGGCACAAGAACGUACGAUUCCUUGUAUCCUUCGCCGUACAAUUCCCCGAACUACGAUCCUCUGAAAGCCUCGUACGGCGAGAGCUACGGGCACAAAGGUGAGCACACGCCGCGAAGAGAGUCCGAACCCAUCAAUUACGGAAAUGAGGUGGUUACAAAGUAUUCAAGAACACCGGACUUCUAUGACAGAAGUUCAUUCGGUGUACUGACACCGAUGACGCCUCAAAGGUACGAACCGCAGCACGCGAUAAGUCACAUCGUUUCACGGCGAUCGAUGCUGCACGAGGAGAACUCCGAGGAAUACAUCGUGCCAGAUUAUUGCUACGAGACGCCGCCACAGGAACAGAAGUUCCAGAUCCUCGAGAAUGGCGAACCGAUGCAGAUGAUGGUCGAGCCGCGAAGAAGCUGUUGGGAACCUGUUACGUCCGCACAGAAACAAAUAACGCCCACUAAUAGCCCCCGACGAGGCAGACGACGAUCGAGAGACGUUCCACCGUCGCCGAGCGUCCUGAAACGUCGACGCCUUGCCGCGAACGCGCGCGAACGGCGUCGUAUGAAUGGCUUGAACGACGCCUUCGAUAAAUUGAGGGAGGUUGUGCCAAGUCUGGGCGCCGAUCACAAGCUCAGUAAGUUUGAGACGUUGCAAAUGGCGCAAACGUAUAUCGCGGCGUUGUGCGAUCUUCUGCAAAGACACGAUGGAAAGUGGCAAUGA